AUGGAGAAACAAACAUAUAAGACUAGAAUUUAUAAAGUUGUUAUAAGACCAAUAAUGACAUACACAGCAGAAACGCGGCCGGACACGUCCAAAACACAAAGAAUGCUGGAAACAGCUGAGAUGAGAAUUCUGAGGAGAAUCACGGGGAACACACUGAGAAAUCGAGUAAUUAGCGACUACAUUAGAACAACAUGUAAUGUGGAGGCGAUUAACGAGUGGUUAUUGACUAGAAGAAAAGAAUUGAACAACUAUAUAAGUAGAAUGACAGAUAGUAGGGUAGUAAAGAUCGUGAGAGACAAAUCGCCGGCCGGGAGGAGAAGUGUCGGUCGACACCAGAAAAGAUGGAGCGAUAAUAUAACUUAA